AUGAAGUACACCCUCUCCGACCGCGCGUACUGUAAGCUCAUCCUGCACGCGCUCAAGCACCCGCUGCGGUCCGUGUGCGGCGCCCUCGUCGGUCGGUGCGACGGCGACGUCGUGCAGGUCAUCGACGCGAUCCCGUACCUGCACACCACCGUCGCCACCGCGCCGAACGCCGAGAUCGCGCUGGAGCAGAGCUGCGCGUACGCCGGUUCCGGCGGCAACGCGCUCGUGGGGUACUAUCACGCCAACGAACGGAUGGACGACGACCGCAUGAGCAAGCACGCGGCGAAGAUCGCCGACUGCGUGGAGCGGAACGGCGGGGCGCCGGGCGGAUCCGCGUGCGCGCUGCUCGUCGACGCGUCCGCGCUCGCCGAGGCGACGGAGCGCGGGACGGGGCGCGCGGCGGUGAGGCUGCUGGUGAAGAAAGGGGCCGGGUGGGAGAGGGCGUCGGACCAGGGGGACCUGCGCGUCGGAGGCGGCGCGAACGCGAAGCUCGCCGCGCUCGCGAGGGACGGCAGGGCGAAAGCCGUGUUCGACUUUGACGAUCACCUCGACGACAUAACCGCGGACUGGAGGAACCUCGCCCUCAACGAGGAGCUCGACUGA